AUGGCCUCGUGGGCACCAGGGGAGCGCCUGCGAGAGGAGGCGAGGUGCCCGGUGUGUCUGGAUUUCCUGCAGGAGCCGGUGAGCGUGGACUGUGGCCACAGCUUCUGCCUGCGCUGCAUCUCUGAGUUCUGCGAGAGGACAGAGGGGACCCCCGGAGGCCGCUUCUCCUGCCCCCAGUGCCGGGCACCCUUCACGCGGGCUGGCUUCAGGCCCAACCGGCAGCUGGCAGGGCUGGUGGAGAGGGUGAAGCAGCUGGCCCUGGGUGCGGGGUCCCCGGGGGCCCAGCGCUGUGGCCGCCACGGAGAGGAGCUCAGCCGCUUCUGCCACGACGACCAGGCGGCCCUAUGCUGGGUGUGCGACACGGAGCCCGAGCACCGCGACCACCGCACGGCGCCUCUGCAGGAGGCAGCCCGGGGGCACCAGGCAAAGCUGCAAGUGGCCUUGGAAGUGGUCAAGAAAGAUAUGCAGGAGACCUUGGCUCAGGAGACCACCCUGGGCAAGAAAAUCAUCAUCUGGAAGGAGAAAGUGGAGACACAGAGACAGCGCUUCAGGCUGGAGUUUGAGAAGUAUCGCGGCUUCCUGGCCCAGGAGGAGCAGCUGCAGCUGCGGCGGCUGGAGGAAGAGGAGAGAGCCACGCUCAGCCGCCUGAGGGACAGCAAGGGCCACCUGAGCCAGCGGGGCCGGGCGCUGCGAGAGCUGGUCCAGGAGCUGGAGGAGCAGAGCCAGCGCCCUGCCCUGGGCUUGCUGGAGGGAGCACAGGGAGUCCUGACCCGAAGUCACAGUAUUACCCGACUAGAGCCGGAGAACAUCGCCAUGGAGGUGAAGACCAUGUGUCGUAUCCCUGGCAUGCAGGAAAUGCUGAAGAAGUUUCAAGUUGAUGUCAAGUUGGACCCCGUCACGGCCCAUCCAAGCCUCCUGCUGACAGCCGACCUGCGCCGUGUGCAGGACGGGGAGCUCUGGAGGGACGUCCCUGCCAACCCUGAGCGCUUCGACACCUGGCCCUGCGUGCUGGGCCUGCAGAGCUUCUCUUCAGGGCGUCACUACUGGGAGGUGGUGGUGGGCGAGCGGGCAGAGUGGGGACUCGGCGUCUGUCAGGACUCAGUGCCCAGAAAGGGGGAGACCACCCCCUCUCCUGAGCACGGAGUCUGGGCCAUGUGGCUGCUGAAAGGGAACGAGUACAUGGUGCUGGCCUCCCCAGCGGUGCCCCUGGUGCUCCUGGAGCGGCCACGUCGUGUUGGGAUCUUCCUGGACUAUGAAGCAGGCGAAAUCUCCUUCUACAACGUCACCACUGGGGCUUACAUCUACACGUUCAACCAGCUCUUCUCGGGCCUUCUGCGGCCCUACUUCUUCAUCUGCGACAGCAGUCCCAUCAGCCUGCCCCCUCUGGCAGAGGCUGAGGCCCAGGCUAAGACACCUGUGUCAGAGACUGUUGCUGGCUCAGCUCAUGUGCAGGAAGAACGUCCCUGA